AGCGCCGGGACUCGGGGUUGCCGUGACAGCGGAAAACUCGAGGCUUCGGGGGCUCGUUGCCCGGGGAGGAGGCUUGGCAAGCGGGGGCGUCUCCACCACCACCGUCGCGCCCGUGGGCCUAGCUUCGGGGCGGCAGAAGCUGGCUCGUUUCCCGGAGCGUCGUCCCUCCUGGUGACCUCCGGCCAUGGAGCGCGCCGCCGCUAUGACGGACAUGUACGACCAGGCGCUGCUGGGCAUCUUGCAGCAUGUGGGAAACGUCCAGGAGUUCCUCAACAUCCUCUUCGGCUUCCUCUACCGCAAGACGGACUUCUACCGCCUCCUGCUGCAGCCAGGGGACCGGCUGGGCUUCCCCCCGGGGGUGGCGAAGACCAUGGCUGUCAGGGCAUUCAAAAAUUUUGAAGAUUUGGCCCGUCAAGAUGAUGAGAGAAGACAGCGUGAACUUCAGGAGAAGCUGAAGAAAAGAGAAGAAGAAGCUACAGCUGUUGCAGCAGAGGGGAUGAAGGUGCCUGUUGUAGCUGAGGAGGUUGAGAUCAGCUCAGCAGCAGACCAGAACUCUGCAUCAGGUGAUGGAAAGGCUGCCGAAGCAUCAGAUUCUGUGACAGUGCAGGAGGAGGUAGAAGCAGAAGCCACGAGCACAGUGGCAACUCCACCAGUAGCUGCUUGUCCCGUAGAAGCUCAACCAACACAACCGCCAAAGAAACAAGAGCAGUUCCAGGCGAAUCCUGACAGUUACAAUGGAGCUGUGCGAGAGAAUUACGCCUGGUCCCAAGACUACAGCGACCUGGAGAUCAAAGUGCCAGUGCCAAAGCAUGUCCUGAAAGGCAGGCAGGUUUCUGUGGAUAUAGGCAGUAGCUCAAUCCGUGUAGCAGUGCUGGAAGGAAGCGGGCAGCGUGUACUCAUGGAAGGCGCCCUCACCCAUAAAAUUAACACAGAGAACUCUGUCUGGAGCUUGGAACCAGGGAAGUGUGUCCUCAUUAACCUAAGUAAAGUUGGUGAAUACUGGUGGAGUGCCAUCUUGGAAGGGGAAGAGCAGAUUGAUAUUGAAAAAAUCAACAAGGAGCGUUCAAUGGCUACUGUGGAUGAAGAGGAACACGCUGUGUUGGAUAGACUGAGUUUUGACUACCACCAGAAGCUUCAGGGCAAGCCCCAAAGCCAUGAGCUGAAAGUCCACGAGAUGCUGAAGAAGGGCUGGGAUGCUGAAGGCUCCCCUUUCCGUGGCCAGAAGUUUGAUCCUUCCAUGUUCAACAUCUCUCCUGGGGCUGUGCAGUUUUGAUGAUGGGCAAAUCACCAACAUGUUGGGGAUAGCAGGGACAAAGCAGGUGCCACUGCCAUACUCCUGCUUGCCAGUGAUGUCAAGAAGCCCCCCCCCCUUUUUUUGUCCCUGCGAUUGUCAUCUGGGCUUGUUUGCAAAAUGACAGACUUGAAAUGACUGGCGUUAUGGGUUUGGUUUUGGGGAGGGGGCAGAAAGGGAACUGAAGUGUGAGUGUGGGUGAGUCCUUCCCUCUGGCACCAGGUUAGCAUAUUUGAUAUGCGUGUGGGGGAAGUCUAGCAAAAGCAGCAUUACGUACUGCAUCGCCAUGGCAACCAGUGACUGCUGGUAGCGUCUCCCCUUCUCUCUUCUUGUUAAUGGAUUCAUUUGCUACUUUUGUGAGGAGGGGUGGUGAUGUUAUACAGGAGUCAGUAUCCCCAGCCCUGCUUUUUCAGGAAUAAAUGCAGUUUGGUGAAAGAAUGGCAGCUUUUUUAUCUUGCUUAUUUGAAGCUGCAUUUGGCCUCUGGUUCCAUUAUUUAGGAAACCCGAUCUCCUUAAAGCAUUGGGCAGUUCAGCUCUCUCUAAAACAUGGGCAAUCUGCAAUCAGUGUCACUCAGCAGUCUCUAAAAUGUUAGGUUUGAGCUUUGAGGCUCUAAAACUGGGAAAUCGCUGUUGCAGGUUCCUGUGAAUAUCAGAAAAGGAGCCAGAGACUCUAGACAGCUCUGUCCUACCCGUGGUAGUGUGUAAAGCACACAGGCACGGGAUUUUUAAAAGUGGGGAAACCUAAGGUCAUCACUGCCCUUGUUAUCCUGAUUCUUAAAGUCUGAAUUGUUUUGGUGGCCCAGAGAGCUGCGUUUCCGUGUUACAGACCUGACCUUGUUGUUAGUUAACAAAAGCAUUUAGAAUAAAAAACUUUUUCUCUCC